GACUCGUCGCUGUUGCUGUGGGGAGUCCAGCCAUUGCCUUGACGAGUCAUCGCCAGAGAGGAGCUCAGAGCAGCCCGAGGAGUAGCUGCAGACGGCAUAUCUGUCACGGCGGGUUUACUGCAUCACACGGCGGACCGGACUUCCACGCAGAGUGGGGUUUAAAGCCUCUUUAAGGGACGCUGUUUAUAUUUUGGACCGGAACGCAGACUACCCCCCCUCCCUUCCCAAAAACAGACAGACAGUGAAGUAGCACCAGAGCCGUCGCUACAUCGCUGAGGGAACUUGGCAUCUCUGCGCAGUGGGAGGUGUCUGUCUCGCGGCUUCUUUUUCUAAACGUCCCGCUGGCAUGGACCUCUAUUAUAAGGGGAGGGGGGGGGGUAGUGUUUAGUGCAUUUUCUCCACCUUUUUUUUUUUAUUCUUUUUUUUUUUUCUGCAACCAACUGUGGCUUUAAUGUGACGCGCCGUGCAGACAGUCUGAGAGGGAUUCCCACUGCAGAGGAGUUCAGUAAAGGCUCCAUUUCUCAACUUUUUACCUUCAUAUGAAGCAGCGGCAGCGAAACCAACACUGAUGUAAAAGUGACAAAGACUUUAGAAGACCAAGCCAGGCCAGGCCAGGCUAGGCCAGGCCGGGCCAAACCAGAUUGGUCAGCUCCAUCUCCACAAGAGUCACCUUGGAGAGAGCAUAUCCUCGUCAUUAUCUACCAUUCAAGCUUUAAAGAUUCCUUUGUGGCUGCCAGCACCUGAUCAGUCCCCAGUCCUAUGUUGUGGUCUGUUUUGUCUGGAUGUCGGAAGCAGGAUGGAUUCUGGACUUGAUUUGACCAUUUAUACCUCAUCGCAGCAUCGGCCAGCCUCCCUAUUGGACUGCUUAUCCUCCCAAGUCUUUAAGCCCCCGCUUCUUACCUGGGGCCUUCCUCAGCCCUCUAAGGAAGGGCCUUAUAGGAACUGUAGCUUGUCUUGUUAGAACUGCUGACAUUUGCAGAGAGGAAACAGAGCUGAUAAGUCCUGACAAACUUUUACAGAGAACAAGAGUUGCUCUGUCAGUUUUCUGAUACAACCAAUUGCCUUUAAUUUUUUAUUUUUGUUUUGAGUUCUGAAGUUUACACAAAUAAGUUUGUCCAAAUUCUCAGUUUUUACACAAAUCCUUAUUUAUAUUUUCCUUCUUUUUCGUUGUGGUCUGAGCCCAGCAGAAGAAUGUCCGAAAGCAGCAGCAAAGCAGUAAAAUUCCUCGCCCCGCUCCCCCCUGCGCCCUCCGACUCCCCCUGCCCGUCACCUCAAACCCCCCACAAGAAUGUGAAUGGCUCUGCAAGCUCAGACUCGCAUGUCGUGGAGAAAAUCGGCGAGCAGCCCGAGGUGCGGCGGCGGCGCCACACCAUGGAGAGGGACUCCAAAACAGCCGAGCACCGUUUCUUCCGCCGCAGUGUUAUCUGCGACUCGAACGCAACAGCUUUGGACCUGCCCAGCAAAGCGACGGUACUUAUCACCUCACCCCCAGACUGUGAAGGGUCCUCCCUCCUCUUGUCCUUGCAGAACUUUAGGCCUGAGGAGCAAGAGGCUGAAGGUGAGAAAAAUGGAAGAGGGUCCUACUUGCAAAGUGCUGGACUCCCGCCUUACUCUGACCUGGGGGGGACGGCUAGCCAGGGGCACAUCCAGCAUUCCUUGGGAGAUUUAGAUCUAAAUGUUCUCUCUGUGGCUGUACCCACAACUAGUAGUGCUAUUUAUGGUGCAGAAGAGUCAACAAAAGAGCCGACCUCGUCAGCUUUGGAUGUUACGGACAGAGAGGUGUGCAAACAGCCCAAAGUCAAGUUGUGUGCCAGAGGGAUUCAGGAAGAGCAACCGGCGUCAAAAGACGAAAAGGCGGACGAACCCGGUAGCGACGGAAACGUUAGCAGCCAGACCGAUGAGAAGGACCGAGAGAAAGAGGAGGAGAAGGGGCAAGCGAAAGCGCGGGCAGAGCAGAGGGAGGCCGAGAAACGAGUCCAAGAUGAUAUAGAGGAGGCCGAGACCAAAGCUGUAGGCACCUCGCCGGACGGGCGCUUCCUGAAAUUCGACAUUGAGAUCGGUAGAGGGUCUUUCAAGACCGUCUACAAAGGACUCGAUACGGAAACUACCGUGGAAGUGGCAUGGUGUGAGCUACAGGACCGUAAGCUGUCCAAGUCGGAGCGCCAGCGUUUCAAAGAGGAAGCCGGGAUGUUGAAGGGUCUCCAGCAUCCUAACAUUGUCCGCUUCUAUGACUCCUGGGAGGGUUUGUGCAAAGGAAAGAAAUGUAUUGUUCUCGUCACCGAGCUCAUGACAUCUGGCACGCUAAAAACGUAUCUGAAACGCUUUAAGGUCAUGAAAAUUAAGGUCCUGCGCUCAUGGUGCCGACAGAUCCUCAAAGGUCUUCACUUCCUGCACACCAGGGCCCCGCCCAUCAUCCACAGAGACCUGAAGUGCGAUAACAUCUUCAUCACAGGGCCAACGGGGUCUGUAAAGAUCGGAGACCUGGGACUGGCCACCCUGAAGAGGGCAUCCUUCGCCAAAAGCGUUAUAGGUACUCCAGAGUUUAUGGCUCCUGAGAUGUAUGAGGAGAAGUACGAUGAAUCUGUGGACGUCUAUGCCUUUGGCAUGUGCAUGCUGGAAAUGGCAACCUCUGAGUAUCCCUACUCGGAAUGCCAAAAUGCAGCGCAGAUCUACAGACGGGUAACAAGUGGAGUGAAGCCUGCGAGUUUUGACAAGGUGGCCAUUCCUGAGGUGAAGGAAAUUAUAGAGGGCUGUAUAAGAACAGACAAAGAUGAGCGAUAUGCCAUCAAGACCCUGCUGAACCACGCAUUCUUCCAGGAGGAGACGGGGGUCAGGGUUGAACUUGCAGAGGAGGAUGAUGGAGAGAUGAUUGCUAUCAAACUUUGGCUCAGAAUAGAGGACGUCAAGAAGCUCAAAGGUAAAUAUAAAGAAAACGAAGCCAUCGAAUUUUCCUUUGACCUGAACAGAGAUGUACCGGAAGAUGUUGCCCAGGAAAUGGUGGAAUCGGGUUAUGUUGCUGAGGCCGACCACAAGACCAUGGCCAAAGCGAUCAAGGAUCGCGUGUCUCUAAUCAGGAAGAAAAGAGAACAGAGGCAGCUGGUGCGAGAGGAGCAGGAGAAGAGAAAGCUGGAGGCAGAGCAGCAAAAAGAGGCGUUCAAAGCUCCCCAGUCAAAGAUGGAGGAUGCAGAGUCAGAACAACUUCACCACCAGCAUUCUCACACAUCUGAAGGCGGAUUGGACAGCGGACAAGGUUCCUCGGUUUUCUCCUCCGACUCCCCCCACCUGGGUCAGCUGACUAUGUCCUACAGCUGCCCCCCGUCCUCCCAGCCCCCCUCCCAACCCCAGACCCCAUACCCCCAAACUCCCUCGGCUGCGUCGCAGCAGCAUCCAGGCUACUCGCAGCCACCGCAGCCAAUGCCUGCGUCACACGGCCGUCGAAGCCGUAGCAUGUCUAUUUGCGUCCCCCCUUCCUCGUACUCCUUUUCCCACGCUCCUUCGUCUGUGGUCGUUCCUCCAAAACAGCCCGCCACGCCUCCUCCAGACCUGUCCUUCCACACCUCCACCGCCUCCCCCUGCGUGCCUCUCGCAGCUGAGAGGGACACAUUCGCUGGCCGCCUCUCUAAGGCCCUGGAGACGGUGCUGCCCCUUCACUCGGGCUCCUCUCAGCCCAGGGCCAAGCAGCGGAGGGCCAGCCUGCCUGCCCUGUUCUUCACCCCUCAUUCAAUGCCACAUCCCUACAGCGGAGGAGCGGGCGGGGGAGUCCCAAGUCUCCCAGAGCCUCCGAACAUUUUCUUCCCCUCCAUCGCUGAGCGUCCCAUUUCCUUCUCUCCUCCACCAACCGGGCCUCCAAAGGGCUACAACACCCAGAGACGCAAGAGCACCUCCAUCUUGGAGGCUCAUACACGUCACUUUCAGCCAGCCUACCCCCGGUACGGAAGCACCCUGCACCCGUUUUCUGGCAUGGAAACUGCAGAGGCUCCAUCUCUCUUUAUGGUGAACCCUGGCUUUGCAGCAGCCGCUCAGAGGCUCGGCGCUGGUGACUCUCUGCAUCUCCCAGGGCAGUCCGAGCCCACUUUGUUUGGAUAUAAAGACAUGCGAGCAGAACACGAGGAAGCAGUGAGGCGUUUGAGUCUUAAUCAGGCUGCUUUGUUGGACCAUUAUGAAGCAAUGGCGUAUGCAGGGUACCCAAUGACGGCCCACCAGCUGGGUCACCUGAGUUAUCAUCAUCAGAGACAGGCAGCAGCUGCGGCGGCAGGCGUUGGCUUCGAUCCUGGUCCUCCACCUCAACCGGGAUUCAUACACCCACACAUAUUGCAGAGAAUCAGUGCACACAGCCCAAUACCCCCACCGCUGCCCCCCAUGACUCCAUCCACUGGAGGGUCCAUCUCAUCUUCAUCAUCCGACAGCUGCUUCCUUCCUCAGCACGCCUCCUCAUCCUCCUUCCCCAUUUCUGCCCCUCCAGUAAUGGCAGACGCUCCUCCUGCUGGAAGUGUUUUCGAGUUCCAUAUAGCUGCAGCCGCCGCCGCUGCAGCUGCAGACCCAAACCUGCUGGCGUCCAGAAUUUACAGAGCUCGGCGGAGCUCUAUGGACCUCCCCCUGGAGGACAGCUCUGGAACGGGAUCCGGUGGUUCGGGAUCCUACAGUCGCCUCCAGCCGGUCACAGAGGAGCUUUACUCCUACGUCAGCCCAGAGCUUCCAAUGCCUCCUGGGAACCUCCUCCUUCACCACAUUGGUUUAAGCACAAAGGACCGAAGCCCUGAACCCUCCAGCGACUCUCUGGCCUCCUCCGAUGCUGGAGAGUUUCAGUCGCCACCUCCCCCGAAUCUCCCUGCUCAGUUUGACUCCUCAGCCGCUCAGUCCAUCCCUCGCUCCUCCUCUUCUGCACACCAAGAUUCCUCAGGAGGAGUCCUUCAUCAGGACCCCCAGGGACAUGCACCAUCCAUCCAGCACUUUUUCCCUCCAGCUCUGUCCUCCGAAUUCCCACCUGGUGGAGCAUCAUCAACUCACCUGGAGUCUCUGCAGAGUCCCUGGUUCCAGCAAGGAGGGGUGGCACCAGCCCAACCUGAUAUGACCUACCCUGAGUCAUUGCAGGCUGCUAUUCCCCCUCUGCAGGCUCAGACUCCAACUCCUAAACCAAGUUCAGGAUCCUCUCUAGUCCCUGCUGCUACACAAUCUGAUCCUGCAGGGACGUCCCAACAGGCUCUGUUGUGUGGUCAGAGUUCUUCCCUUCAGAGUCCAUCACACACAGGCCUGCAGCAGACAUCUGCACAGCCCACUUUACCUCCACCAACCUCUGCCGUUCCCAUGGCGACCCUCCCUUCUCCGUCGGCUCUUUCGACAUCAGUUGGGCCCUCCCUCCCCUCCCCUGUGCCGAUCCCUGUUGGGGUGGUGCCUACCCUCGUUCCCUCUCCUCUACCUCCUGUGCCCUCACCUGUUCCUCAGCCUUUGGCCACCGUGGUGCCAGUCAUCAGUGUAAUCACCACUCCUCCUGACACUCCCAUGGAAGUCCUUCCAAAGUCGGCUUCGCAGGCGUCAGAGCUGUCACAAGGACAACUACAACCACCUCAAGCUCUAUCAUCUAUAGAGAGCGGCCACUCUGAGACUUCGGGCCUGAGUGAUGGAAACGAAGGAGGCUGUGGUCGCCAUGAGGGACGCUCCACCAAACGACAACAGAAGCGUUCAGUCCGAAGCCGGUCGCGCCAUGAAAAGAUGUCCAAGGGGAAACUUCAUGUUCUUAGUAUCUCCAACCGAGGGGACAGGGUGGCAGAGUGCCAGCUGGAGACUCACAACAGGAAGAUGGUGACGUUUCGGUUUGAUCUAGAUGGAGACAACCCCGAGGAGAUCGCCCAGAUCAUGAUUCAGAGUGAGUUUAUCCUGGAGAGUGAGCGAGAAUCAUUCAUUGAGCAGGUCAGAGAGGUAAUCAAGAACGCUGAUCAGAAGGGUUUGGAAAGAGACACAAGCAGCCAGUUGAUGUGCGGCAAAGAAGAGAAGACUCCUGCGAUAAGUAGCCCCAUGCCAGACAUCGCUCCCAGUGCAGCUGCACAGGUGGUCCAUUCAGCAGGACGGAGAUUCAUCGUUUGUCCUGUACCAGAAGGCAGACUGAAGGAGCAAACACUGCCCCCCUCACCUUCUCCUGCUCCUCCAACUCCUGCUGACACUGCUCCAUCUCAUACUCCAGGCCAAAUGUUGGGAUUCUCCCAUUCUGCAGGAGCAGUUACGUUACAGCAAGCCUUCUCUGAGCUGAGGCAGAACAAAAACCAGUUUGAUCCAGGUCCAAGCACGGCUCCGGCCUCCAUGCAAUCCAGCCAUCCUCCCCUGCAGCCGGCAGCAGUGUCGGCCUCUGCACACAGCAGCGUCGUCACUCCCACUGUGGAUCCGGGUCAACAUCAAGUUGAGCAGCCCAUGGAAGCCUCUCCUCCUCCUAAUCCCUCCCUUUCCUCAUCCUCCACCCCAUCCUCUGCGCCCCCCACCUCCUUCAGUCCUCCCUUUUCUUCAUCUCCUCCCCCCGCCAUGCUAAGUCAGACCCCUCUUCAGCCUCAGCCCGUGAUGCAGGCCGUAUCUCUACCACAGACCCAAACUCAGGCUUAUAUUCAGCCCCAAACUCUUCCCCUUGCUUCCCUGCCUUCCUCUCUACCAGCAGCCAUCAUCUCCAGCAUCCCCCACACAGCGCUCAACUCCUCUGCUCCAGGCCAGGCUGUCCCAUUUGUAUCCUCGCCUCCCUCCUCUCUCCGCACAUCCAUCGAGAUCUCAUCUGCCCAUCCAUCAGUCUCUCCCACAUCCUCCCUCACAUCAUCCACCUCCAUAUCCUCCAUUAUCCCCACCACUGCCAUUCUGGGUCCACAGCUUUGUCCAUCUUCCACCACCCCAGCAGUUCCAACAGCUGGCUUUGCCCCCUCUGUGGGACUCCAGCCGGUGACCACAAACGUCCCCCCAGUCCAGCCCACUUUGGUCCACUCACAGCCACAGACCGCAGCCUUGCCGGGGCAGACCCACACACACUGUGGAGAGUGUGACACCAGGACUGAAGCCUCUUCGGAGUCCGUCAGCAAACCAGACGACAUUCAAGCUCUGGACAAAAAGCUGCGCUCCCUCUUCAUGGACCUCGGCGCAGGGGUUCCAUCCACACAGGGCGAUUUAGCCGUUGACCCCGCCUCUGGAGCUGCCGUGACAGGUACCUCGUCCCCCGGUGGCACCGGCUCUACCUCCACCACGUCUGUAACAGCUGGCUCCAACCAGCCAGUCAGUCCACCUCUGCCCCCCUCCAGCUUGGCACUGGGCUCUCUGGGAUCACCUGCACCCAUGCAAGGCUCAGGGACACCCACAGCCACGCCUGCACCAUCCAUCAUCCCUGCCUCUUCUAUGGGCCAGACUACUCCAUCCAAAACCCCUCUCUCCAGGAUGCCUGCCACUUCUCCUUCAUCAGAACUCCUGACAUCCUUCCCUGGACCUUGUCUAAUACAGUCCCAGCAGCCUCUAGAGGACCUGGACGCCCAGCUAAGGAGAGCAUUAAGUCCAGAAACUGUCCCUGUCUCUCACAGCAGUACUCCUCCAAUUGGACAACCAAUUCCCUUCUCCCUGAAAGAAGAAAAAGCCCCUCCUCCUGCAGGGGGGAUUAAAUUAGGAAGGUUUCAGGUGUCACGGGCUGCAGAAGAGCCCGCUGUUCAGCGCCCGUCCUGCACCGAGUCUUCCUCCACCUCCUCCUCCACCUCAUCCUCCUCGUCAUCCUCCAGCCUCUCCAGCCCGGAGAACACUUUGCACAAAGACUUCUCGCCCCGUCUAAGAGGGAAAGGAGUUAAAGGUGGGGAUGUUGUGGACGGACUCCCUCAGAAGACUCCGACAGGAUCCCACCCCGUCUCCCCUUCCCCCACCCCAGGCCACUCACCCAAACCCACCACCACCAUUGGGCGUUUCCAGGUUACCACCAACCAUGAAAGCCGUGUUGGACGGUUCUCUGUCAGCCGCGCUCAGGAGCCCAAGCAGAGCCCUCCACCUGCUGCUCCGGCUGCUAAUGGACCCAGUGAUCCUGGACAGGUUCCCUCUCCAGACUCGCCUCAUAAAGCCUCCCUGCCGAGCCUAAACAACAACUCCUUUAACAAUUCCUACAUGAGCAGUGACAACGACUCAGAAUUUGAGGAUGAAGAUUUCAAGCGGGAAGUCAGUCGCCUCAGAGAAAAGCACAUACAUGAAAUUCAGGCCCUCCACUCUCGCCAGAAAGAGGAAAUUGAGCGUUUGUUUACAAGGCUGGGAAAGGUCCCUCCAGCUGCUGUGAUCCCACCCCUCAUUGCUUUGACUGGCAGGAGGCGGCGUCCCACCAAAAGUAAAUCCUCCAAAUCGUCAAGAAGCAGCUCCACCCAUGGCAGCAAGAGCCCUUUACAGCCAGGCAGCACUUUAUCAGCCCAGAGCGUCCCAGCCGGGUACCCAGGCCAGCUGCCCCUGUUAGCCCCCGGAGGUUUGGCCGAGUCGGGCAGCAGCACUGCCCUCCAGCCACUCAAACAGUGUCCCUCCAGUGACAACCUGUGUUCAGCCUACACCAGCGAGGCGGGGCUGUCUAUCCCCAGCUUGUGUGCUCCGACCCCGGGCUGUGUAAAGUUCAGCUGGGGUUCGGAGCGUGUGGCCUUUAAGCCGGGCGGCAGGAGGACGCGCUUUCUGAGUACGCCCUGCUUGGCUCUUUGGAAGAUGGUGAAAAAAGUCUGCCCCUGCAACCAGCUCUGUAGGACUAACAGCAGCAAUGCAGUGAGCGGUUCAGAGGGGUUGGGUCAAAGCCAGGGGGGCUCUCAGUAUCUGGCCCCCAACAUGCCGGCCCCCCACCAGAGGAAAGGAACCUUCACCGAUGACCUCCAUAAACUGGUGGACAACUGGGCCAGAGAUGCCAUGAACCUCUCACAGGGUAAAAGAAGUGCCAAACAGCAACAGCAGCAGCAGCAGACCCCGGCACAGGGACACAGCUAUGAGGUUACCCAGUCCGCCAGCCUGGGCAGGAAGUAUUCGGCUCCCGGCCAGCUUUGCCCCAGCAGCAUCGGAGGCUCCGCCCAACUCCCUGCAAACCCCACCAGCGCUACCUCUCUGGCUGCCAGGAAAAGCUCCCUCUGCCACCCUCCAGCCUCCUCCCCUCUCCCCCAACUCCAGCCGCCCCAGUUUAUCCACUAUCUCCCCAGCGCCACCUACACCGCUCAGUGGUGCGGUCCAGCUCACAGCAUGUCCAACCCACAGCAAGCACCAACGCAGCCUCUGUUGGUCAGCGCCUCUCAGCCGCUGGGGCCCUAUCCCCCUCCACAGGGCCAGCUACCAGGACAGGGGCCCUUUCUGCUCUCCACCACCCUGCAGAAGUCCGUAAGCAGCCCAGGAGGGCCAAACUUGAGGACCACAUAGGGGAUGGCGCCAGGGCGGGUUUCACUGACCGACAGCCCAGUUGGACAAGUGCAAGGUGGCUUGUUUUGCAGCUAAAGGAAAAGGAGAUGCACUGGAGUGGAGAAAAACAGAUCAUAAAUAUAUAUAUAAGGUGUGGUUGAGACACCAUCCUUGCUUUGGGGUCAUGACAGCCAAAAGAUCAAACACAAAGAAAAGAUAUGUGUGUUAUGUUAUAUGGUUAAUAUAGGCUUCCAUACCAGUUGCAGUGUUUGCUGGGUGCAUCACAGUAAAGAAAUAUUUAAAAAUGUCAUUUAUUUCAGUGCUUUCGUUUCAAAAAGUGAAACCCUUUAUAUAGAUUCAUUAAAAACUGGGUGAGAUUCAAGCAUUAAUUUCUGCGUGGCUUAAAUCAGCUCAUUUUUCAUAUGACCUCAGAGCGAU